AAAAACAGAAAAUAACACGAAAGCUUGUUUCGCCUUUUCACUUCCAGCGUCUUCGGCCGCGUCAUGAAAAUAAUACUCGCCGCCUGUUCGAUGGGUGGACGGUCGGUUGGGGGAGGGUGGUGACGUCGCCAGCGCUGGUGGAUGAGCUCAUACGAAAGCGAAAAGAAACAAGUUUAGCUUUUUGGAAUACGGACGACUGCAGCCUCAGUUCAUUCGAACGCCGAACGCCAGCGACGCCGGACCGUUAAAACGAGAGAGCAAGAGAGCCGCGAAACAAAAAACGAAAACCGAAAAAAGCUAUCUAUAAAGUCUUUGCAAAAAGCCCAAAAUUGUUGUGCAAAAAAGCGAGGAAGGCUGAGACUCUUGAGCGGCUAAAACAAAAUCAAUAAUUGGCCCUGCGUCCAGCGCUAUAUGUGUGUGUGUGUGCGUGUGAGAGGGGGAGUGUGUACGUGUAUUUGUGAGAACGACAAUUGGAGCAAUGCCUGCUGAUUGAUACGAAAAAAAGGGGGAAACCAAUUACAAAAGAACCACAGAAGCGAAGGAUUAUAAUAACUAUUUUGUGCAAUAAUUAAGUGAUCAAAACCAUGCAACCCGCAACGCCCGGAACGCCUGUUAAUAAUGCUCCCUCGACGACUAAUUCAUCGGCCACCCCUGCCGCUCCCGCCGCCCCUGCUGGCGGGGGGGUUAGCAGCACUCCAAUACGCAUAAACAGUGCCAAGCAGCACGGGGCGGGGGGCGGUGACUCGCUGGCCCCCUCCACCCCGCACUCCCAUUCGAUGCCUGGAACGCCGCAACAACAAUCGAGCAGUGUGCCCACGGGAAGUCAACUGCUGCAUCUCCAGGCGCCGCUGCCCUCGGCUGGGGGAGGCGGGGGAGGAUCAGUGACCCCCUCUGGCCUGUCCAUGGGCGCCUCGAAUCAAUCGCUGGGCGUUAGUGUUGGCGCCGCCAGCAGCGUCAGUGGUAUCAGCAUAACGCCGCCGAAUAGCGCCGGAUUGCGUCAGUCGACAGUAUUCGAUUUCAAAUUCAAACGGCGACCUUCGCUAAAAGUGCUCAUGACCAAACUUCCGUCCACGGACAGUUUGAGUAACAGUCCGGCGCCGUCAUCGCCAGGAAUCGCCAAUUGGGCCUCAGACAAUCGGGAUGGCAAUCUGGCAGAUAAGUCUGCUGCUGAUGCCGCCAAACUUAAUAGGAAGGAGUCCUACAAGGCGCAAAGGAAAAACUACAGGCGGGAGAAAAAGCGAGUGGCCAGUGAGCUGAUGAACUCGCUGCAGGAUCCUGCGGUUAUUGUGCUGGCCGAUUGGCUGAAGGUUCGAGGAACCCUAAAAUCCUGGACAAAACUCUGGUGUGUUUUGAAACCGGGCCUGUUGCUUAUUUACAAGAGCCAAAAGACAAAGAGCAGUCACUGGGUGGGCACGGUGAUGCUCACCUCCUGCCAGGUGAUCGAGCGUCCCAGUAAAAAGGAUGGCUUCUGCUUCAAGCUUUUCCAUCCCCUGGAGCAGUCCAUUUGGGCACCGAGGGGUCCAGACAAGGAAACCAUUGGUGCCGUUGUCCAACCGCUACCAACCGCCUACCUGAUCUUCCGAGCUCCCAGCCAGGCGGCCGGCAAGUGCUGGAUGGACGCCUUGGAGCUGUCCCUGAGAUGUUCGGCCCUCCUGUUGCGUUCCAAUAGCAGCACGGGAGCUGCUCCUUCGUCCAGCUACGUGGGUGAACCGCUGCCCGUCUCCCACGAGACGCAAUGGUCGGAGGCGGACUACGAGAAGCACUUCAACGAUCACGAUCUAGACGCAGACAGCCAGAAUGAAGCACCCAAUGCCGUCAUGUCUGGUCUGGAAUCAGAAUCGGAAUCGGAUCCGGCUGAGCCGGCGCAGGAAGAUGGCGUCGAGCAGCCUUGUGAGGAGACGUCGUAUGUGCCCUUCACCGAGGAGGAGUUUGGCGAGCAAGGGGAGCAGGUAGAGGAGUUGGCAGAGGAGAACAAGAGCCUAAUUUGGUGCAUUGUCAAGCAGGUGCGACCGGGAAUGGAUCUGAGCAAGGUAGUGCUGCCCACUUUCAUCCUGGAGCCGCGUUCAUUCCUGGACAAGCUAUCAGACUCGUACUACCACGCGGACUUGCUCUCCAAGGCCGUGCAAGAGGAUGAUGCUUUUACGCGCAUGAAGCUUGUCGUGCAAUGGUACCUGUCCAGUUUUUACAAGAAGCCCAAGGGCCUGAAGAAGCCCUACAAUCCGAUUCUGGGCGAGCGAUUCCGCUGCUAUUGGCAGCACCCCAGCGGCAGCCGGACCUUCUACAUCGCGGAACAGGUCUCGCACCAUCCGCCCGUCUCGGCGUUCUACGUGACGAACCGCGAGGACGGCUUCAGUAUCACCUGCUCCAUCCUGGCGAAAUCGAAGUUCUACGGCAACAGCACUUCGGCGGUGCUCGAGGGCGCUGCCACGAUGACGUUGCUGCCGCGCGGUGAGUGCUAUACGGCGACCACGCCUUAUGCCCACUGCAAGGGCAUACUGAUGGGCACGCUCUCCAUGGAGCUGGGCGGCAAGAUAAACAUCGAGUGCGAGAACACCGGUUACAGGACGGAGCUGGAAUUCAAGCUGAAGCCGUUCCUCGGCGGCGCCGAUGCCACCAAUGUGGUCGUGGGCAAGAUCAAGCUGGGCAAGGAGACCCUGGCCACCAUCAACGGGCACUGGGACAAGGAGUGCCGCGUGAAGGACUCGAAGACGGGGGAGGAGACGUUGCUAUUCAAGGUGGACGCCGAGACGCGUUCCAAGCGGCUCACCAGAUACCUGGUGCCGCUGGAAGCGCAGGAGCCCAACGAAUCGCAACGUAUGUGGCAGCACGUCUCCGAGGCGAUUGCGCGCGAGGAUCAGGUGGCCGCCACCGAGGAGAAGACCGUGCUGGAGGAGCGACAGCGGGCGGAGGCCAAGACGCGGGCCAGCACCGAUUCCAUUCACAUGCCGGAACUCUUCGAGCUGGACAGCUACGGCCAGUGGCUGUACAAGUACGCCGAUCUGCGGCCCUGGGACUCGCGCAACGAUGUCCGCCAGUACGAGUGCCAGUUCAAGGUGCUCACCCAGACGCGACACAAGUCGGUGCCCAUUGUCCACGGCGCCGAGAUGAUCCAUCCCCUGCGCAGCUCCUUGGAGACGCUCUCCCGCACCCAAAGACAAGCAGGACAGGCCAUAUCGCCGGGCGGCUCCGCGGUGCCCAAGGCCAAGAACAAGAGCCUGGUGUUGGCACCGCGCGAUACCAACUCAGACUCCAGCCAGUCGCCGCAGGGAGCGGUCAAGCGCAGCUCCUCCAGCAUUAAGCAACUCGCCUUGGCAGUGGACCAGGUGAACCGCGUGCUGGAGGUCCACACCCGGCAGCUGAACGAGAUCAGCCAGCGCCUGGAGCGCAUGCAGUAUUCGCCUCCGGCUAGCAACAUGAGCGUGCAAUCGCAUCAUUUGCUGGGCGGCGGCGUUUCGCAAUCGACGGUGAUCAAGUCGCUGAUCUACGCUCUGAUCGGGCUGACCUUUAGCCUGAUCCUGCGAUGGCUGUUCAAGUAGACAGGCGGAGUCCGUCGUUGUUGAUGUCAUUUCUUUUAGGCCUAAGAAAACUUUUGGUCAACCUAUAGAUAACAAACAUAUAUAUAAACACCCUAGAGUACAGACAACGUAUAUGCUUUACUGAAUUGUACAUUUGGUCCUACUCAAAUGCCUUCGCACGCUGCCAGAGAUUCAAACCCGACCGAGGCGCGUGACCAGAACAUCCGUUGUGAGAAAGUCUAAUCACGAACUAUGUAUAAGAUUAAGUGUUUGUCGUAUGUAAGUCCCAACAAUCCAAGUCUCUCCCGCAGACAACGUCCAUGUGCAAGUCUCUUCACCAUUGUAUCCCUCUAAAUUCUUUACUCAAGCUAGACCCGUUGGGUAGGUUAGGAUGUCGGAUAUAUAUAUUUAAAUAUACACAUACGUACGAGUAGAUGCACCAGAUUUCGUAAAAAUUCCAAUUAAACCGAUUAUAGUUCGCUUUUCCGUUUCCUUCUAUAUACUGUUAUUGUUAAUGACACGACUUAGGGUGGAAAAUGAGGAUAAUAUGCUCGAGAGGCUUCCUGCCCUUUAAAUCACCACUUAUAGACAUACCUUAGAGAUUUAACGCGAAAAGUGCUUAUAAUAACUAAUUUUAGUAUCUCUUAUACACAAAUUGUUUUUCCUUUUUUUCCCAAUACCUGCAAACCUUAAAACUUAAUAAACUUCCCUUUUUCAAAUCUA